AUGGGAUUGGGCCAAUCCACUGAGGGCGCUGGCGCAGUGUCGUCACCAGAGGAAUUGAGUUACGUCCUGGCUGAACGCUUUGCCGUCAAAUGCUUUACCUCGCUGGAGUUGACUCAUUUCAAAGACAACUUCUUCAGCCGCGCCAGGGACAAUGCCGGACUGAAGUAUUGGGAUGAACAGACCCUGUCCGAUUUCCUGGGCAUUCCGGACGGCGUUGGGGCUUCUUCUGGUCCGGCGACUCACGACAGUCCUCUUGAUGCCGGCCCCGUUGUCUUUCGCAUGGCUUCGUAUCUGGGUGCCUUUCCCUUUCAGAGCACCAUGGCCCCAAGUGUGCUGACGUUCGAGGCGAUGGUCAAGGUCGUCGUGUUGCUGACGGAACGAUAUGGCAAGGUGUUACGGCGAGGACGUAAGGAUAGGAUCCGCUUGUUGUUUGGGAGUCUUGCCGAUGUGGGGAGGAAGGACACGGGUCGACCAACGGACGACAAGGACAAGGGUCCAAAAGACGGCAAUGCAUCUUUACCGACUAGCUCGCAUGUGUCCGGGUUUGCGGUAGAUGAACCAGGCGAUGAUGAUGACGAAGAGGACGAGGAUGACCUUGCGCUCGCGGCUUUGGAAUCACUCGAUGCGAUCGAGGUGUUUAAACAUGACCAGCGCGUUCACAGAGGCACAUACGAGGCUCGCAUAUCUCUCGACACGUUCCAUCGCCUCCUGAUGCUCUUGCUUGUUAUUGCACCCUUGAAAGCACUGGAUCCUGCUUCCUGGUACACCUGCGACCUCAGCAUGCAGCGCAUGAAAAUGGUUCAGAAACAAGCUGACAGUAUUAUGGCGGCGUUUGCCCCGAAGGAUGCAAGUGAUGGAAUAAGCUACACGGCAUUUCAAAAAGCGGUUUCCUCUUCUCUGCCCUAUCUUUUCGACCCAUUAACGCCGUUAUUUGAACACUUCCUUUUCAGCAAGAACCUGGACCUCAGCCAACGGCGUGACAGAGGGGAGUCUGUUCCUUCUGAUAAGGUGGAAAAAUCCCAUAAAACUUCCUCCCCUCCCCCGUCGUCACCUUCUAUAACGCUUCCGGGAAGCUUCGAAUCCUCGGUCCUGAAUCAAAGCGUUAUGGCCCACAUCUCCUUUUUCCUCACCUGCUCUCCCUCAGGCCAGAAUCUAUUCCGUAGCGGUGCACGCCUCCAUCCGGUCUUCUCUGCGUCCGAACAUGGCUCGUCGUUGACGUCCUUUUCCCAUCAUGUCCUCACCUGGCAGUCGGCGACGCUUCUUGUCCUCCAAGGUACUUCUACUCAGGGAUCAUCUGACCAAGGCAAAGGUCUGAUAACUCUGGGAAUAUAUCUACCAGAACCAUGGAAAUCAUCCUCGUCAACUCAUGCAUCUUCCUCUUGCAAACCCCAAGAUCCACAACCCCUCCCUUGUCUCUUUCAGCUCUCCCCAAAGCACAUGCUGCUUCAAGGAAACCCGGCUCUCCCACCCGACAAACCUAAUACCCCUGCAGCAUACUUCUCCACACACUCCGGCAUAGCAAUAGGAUGCCAGAUCCCUCCCCCAGCUCGCAGCCAGCACCUCAAGCCCACACCACACGGAGCAGGCUCCCUCAUCAUCGACACGAGUCUGGAAACCGCUGAAUUAUACAUUUCCCCUAUCCGCAGAGACGGCGUCUUUCUCCCUCACUUAACAACAUUGGAGAAGGCUGGCGAUACCAUAACGAAAACCUGCAUCGAAAUCUACAGUCUGGAGGUGUGGGGCUUUCUCUUCCCGGAUCCUGAUGAGUCGGGAUCAAUGCCUGACGCGGUGGAGUUGCAAAGAGCCAUGUGGAAUUUUGAAGCAAGAGAAGCGGAGCGCAGGAGGAAUAUUAACCUGAAGGUUGGAGGAGAUCCUUCUGCUCUCGAGAAUGCGAGGUGGUUGCUUGAGACGGCUGGGUUGGUGGGUGGGGGUGGGAGGAGCGGUGGGAGUGUUUGA